AUGGAGGCAUUUGAACAAGAGCUGUUGAUUUUGAUGCAUUAUACAGGGGGCCAACCCGCAAGAGCGCCUGAGGUUAUGGGAACUCGGUAUCAGAACAGCCGGAAUGGAGGUGUUCGAAAUAUAUUCAUCGAGGACGGGUUGGUUUGUUUCGUGACAUCGUAUCACAAGGGGUAUGAGUCUAGCGAGAAGUUGAAGAGGGACGCGGUGAUUGCUAUUGGCCGGAAGUUUUUGCGCGAUAUAUUCAAUGAUGGCAGCACGCCAGAAGAUUGUGACGUAGAGGGGUUUGACGAGGACAACGAGGAAGGAGACAAGCCAUGGGAUUUACAGUCCGGGCAUGGCACCCACGUCGCAGGUAACAUAUAUACCCGGUUAGUCACCGAAGGCAAGUUUGAAACCAUGAGCAAGCGUGAGCAGUUCCGGACGAUCAUGGCCCGGGUUGGGAGGAAGCGGAAGAGAUCGCCAUGGGAGAAGGCCGACCGCGAGUUUCAAUUGGAGCGGUGGAAGCAGUUAAGGACGGCUAACAUUUACCGUGGGUUGGCAGCAUUGUUGGGGCCCGACAAAGAGUUCCGCGGGAAGCAGAGGUCACCGUUAAGGCCAUCAUGA